AUGGAUGUGCCCGAUGGCCCGGGAUCCGUUCAAGAGAAGAAUGCGGCCCUCGAUCUGGGGAAAAGAGAGGCCGCCCGGGUGAAGGUGAAGGUGGAAGAGAGCUGGUUCAUUGUAGAGAGGGCCUUCCUAGCGAGGCACAGCAACUACUUCCGAGCCCUCUUUCAGUCUGGCAUGCUAGAAAGUAGGCAGGAGGAGCUCCAUCUUAAAGGAGGCGUGCAUGCAAGAGGUUUUCUCGUCGCAGUUGCCGUCUGUAAGGGAGAGACUCCGAGCCUCUGCGACCCGGAUGAGCUGGUAGACGCCGUGGAGUGCGCUGCUUUCCUCCAGGUGCCGCGUUUGACACGGCAUCUUUGUGAUAUCAUCGAUUCGGACAACUGCCUCUUGCUUUACCAUGCCGCCUACAUCUUUGGGGUGGAGAAACUCUUUCACAGCGCCGCCCUUUUCCUUUGCGAUACCUUCGAAGACCUGAGGGAAAUGGCGGAGGCAACACUCCCUGAGGAUCUGCUGCAGUAUUCCCAGUCGUUAUCCCCUGCGUCUUACAUCGCAAUCGGUACCCAUUCUCCUUCAUUGGAGCUGCUCCACGAUUCCUACCGGGUUGUGUGCUACCUCGAUGAGGGAGAAGGACAAUGGAAGAAUCUCACACAACUCCCGACUCUCUGCAGUACUUCCAUGUGUGGCGUGGCAGUACUGGACAACCGCCUGUACAUCGUAGGGGGAGUUUAUGGUUAUGGAAAAGACACUGUAGACGGUGGCUUCUGCUUUGACCCUGAAUCAGGGAAUUGGACUGCGCUUCCAGGACCCCAGAGACCCAGAUACGACUUCACCUUGCUGGGGAACGAGGGCCGACUCUACGCCAUCGGAGGCGAGUUCCAGAAAAGGUACAUCUCCACAGCAGAGUGUUAUGACCCUGUGAAGGGAGAGUGGACUUUUAUACAGCAAGCACCGAGACCGGUAGCGUCGGCUGCUUGUGCCGUUGCGAGGCGUCGGAUGUUUGUUUGCUUCUGGAAGCCCCCCGAUACCACGGACAUCUACGAGUACGUAGCGCCUGAUGACAAAUGGAAACUUACCACCACCAUGAUCAGACCUCAGAGUUACGGCCACUGCAUGGUAGCCCACAGAGACAAUUUGUACGUCAUGCGCAAUGGGCCCUGCGAUGACUUUCUACGCUGUCUCAUGGACUGCUACAAUAUAACCACAGCCCAGUGGACAGCAAUGCCAGGACACUACAUCAACAGCAAGGGGGCCCUGUUCACCACCAUGAUAAGGGGCGACUCUGCACUAACGGUGAAACACAUGUUAACGCUCGAGUACGCCAUCAGCACGGGUGAAUGGAAGCCUCGAAGGCAGAUGAAGGGUUUUCCAAAGAGUGGAUCACUGUGGACAUGUUUACUCAGGCUUCCCAAGACGGGACCGGUAAUACCCCAGGUGGAUGCACAGGGGAAGGGAAAGGAAAUGCCUUUGACAGGCAGAACGGAGCGAUCAGUAGAUGAUAUGCUCAAGGUCUAACAUUUUUGGAGGCACUGGAUUGUGAGUUUUUGAAUCAUUGGCAAACGCUAUCUGUUUCAUCUGUCAGUGUUGUCAACUUAGCGAUUCAGCAACUUUUCCGACUUCUCUCGCGAACAUCUUUUUUAAAAAGCAACUAGCGAGUUCAAUAGAGACACAAACAACUUGAGGGGAAUCAUUUCAUUGUUUUCUUUUGAGAAAAGAGCCCGGUAGAAGAGCUUUUAAUUGGCUCAAACUUAAGGUUAGGAGGUGUAAAUCUUUUGGUAUGUUUUAUUGGUGCGCCAUUAAACACGUCGCUGGCGUCGGCCGGAAUCCUCGUAAUUUGUUGAGCCGUUAACAUUGCAUUGUGAAAGAUAAGCCAUUUUAAACACUAAAGAUGUUUGUAAAAAUAACAGACACACAUGCGGACUGACUGGUAGUAUCAAUUUGAGGAAAAAAAUGUCAAUUGACCAAACAUGGACAUAGGAGGUUGUGUCCCAAUGCCAGCAAUCUACAGUCGGUAAGCACUUUUUAAAAACCCUAUUUUGAGAAAUACCUACAUUUUCGCAUUUUCACGAGUGCGCGUCAAAUUCAGGAGCUGGUAAUGUUCCACCCUUGAGUAAUGAAGCUGUUUCUGUGGAGUAACCUUUCAUGAAGCCUCAAGCUAGCGAAAAAGUGUUCACCCUGUACAGCCUUUAGGAAUUCCAAUGUUCUCAGUUUAGCAAAAGAAGGGAUUGCUUUUGGGGAUCCUUUCAUCCAUUUCAGUCCCUAAACGUUUUUGUUUUACAGUACGUCAAACUAUUUGACAUGGAGGAGGAGUCACUUACUGUUCUGGGGGGUGGCAGAUUUGGAAGGCUCUUCUGUGGGACGGGGGCAUGUUUGGACGCUUUUCCAUUGACCAGGACAUCUGCUCUGUCAUCUAGAAUGUAAAAGUAGCAUGUAAGUGAACAGCAACAUGAGUUUGCGUCCAAUUUUAAAAUAAACACACGGCAAAUAAAUAAAUAAAUAACUGG